AUGGGUCACCGACAGAAUGUCUGCAAGACGCGUUACGUGUCCACAGUCGAUACGGCACUUAGAAGACUUGAAACCGCAAGAGAGGAUCUGAUCAACGGUAUUGCCGCCAAGAAUCUCAGUAGCGGUCGACUCGAUGCCGUCGGAGGCGAGUACAUUGCGGCGAUGGCUAUGGCCAAUGUACAGACGGGCGCCUUUCGUAUCAGUGCUGGGCCACAAGUGCCUAUACACAAAGCACAGGCGCAGACGAUGUCAUUGGACCUGAUCGCCUUCUACACAGCUCACCUGAAUGCCCUAGACUUCAAGACAAAUCAGCACCCUCACCGGCGAGCAUUCGUUGCGAUUCGCGCACUUGAAGAGGAACUCCAGGCUCUCAGAUACCUCAACAUAACUCAGUGGCAUUGUCUUGACAACAGUAAACGCGUCUCAGAUCCCACAUCCUUCCGCGUUGUAGAUCGAGAAAGAAACGCUCGCUUCUCGCUGGAGAAAAAAGCUGUUGAGCGCGCCAAGGCAGACCGACGGCGUGAGGGUAACGAGUUGCUGACCAUGUUGCACCGGGCUGGCGACCUGCGGGCAAAGGUGAAAGAGAGCAUUGAGGUCCUGGACGAGGGACAUUGGAAUGUCCUCCGAGUGUUCACCUUGUACACAUUACUUUUCCUGCCUCUGUAA